GGUCAUAGAGGUUUGCAUGUGUGCCCAGCAAAGCUCUAGUGCCGGCUGUGCCACUGACUCAUGGGGUAGCCUCAGGCAACUCAUGUCUUCUCUCUGGCCUGCCACCUGUGACUUUUAAUUCCUGGGGUCCCUUUCAAUGCCACGGUUCUGUGGUGGUUGUGGGGUGAGGGUAGAGGAUUGAUCAGCAAAGCGGUCCUUUCUGUUCUUCGUUCAUGCCUUUCUCUACUGCCUCUGGCCAUAGUAUAAUCAAUGAGGAGCUGCAGAGGAAGAACACCAAGCUGGAAGAACAACUUAGACUCCUACAGUCCGAAAAGUCCAGCAUCCAGCUCAAUGUGCAGGAGCUACAAAGAAAGCUGGCUAGGGCCAAGCUCCUGCUGCCACAGCAGCAGCUACAGGAGGAGGCCACGCACCUGAGGCAGGAGGUUGAGAGACUGGCAGGAGAACUCCAAACCCAGCUGGAUAAAAAUAAAUGCUGGAGGCACCUGUGCCAGGAGCAGGAGCACAAGAUGCUGGAGCAGCAGGAGAAGAUCCGGGAGCAGGAGGAGCACGCGGAAGCUGUCAUCCAGAACCAGCACCUACAGGCGCAGUUCAGCCUCAUGGCUCUCCCUCGGGAAGGAGAUGGACAGGACAGGGAGGAGGAGGAGGUGCUUCGGCCCAUGAGCAGCAUCCCGGAAGACCUGGAGAGCCGAGAGGCCGUGACACCCUUAUGCUCUUGGUUUCCUGCCUUCUGA